GAUGAUGUCACGAAAUUAGGGACCUAACCUUUGACCGACAAAAGCUCUGUGCUGAUUGGUCGGUCGCAAAGCAUAGUGGGACAUAUUUUCAGAAACAUCAACAUGGCGGGCAACCCAACAGUGUUUUUGUUGAUGGUCAGCGGACAAAUCGAGAGCGCAGAGUUUCCCGAGUUUGAUGACAUCUACUGCCGAUACUGCUGGGUGUACGGUCAGGAUUGGGUCAUCACCUCCGGUUUGGAAGAUGGCAUCACACAGGUGACCAAGAAAAGUCAGGAUGACAGGAAGCUGUUUGUCUGGAAUUUUCCCCUGGAAGUCACCUUCAAGAGCACCAACCCACAUGGCUGGCCCCAGUUGGUGGUGAGCGCGUACGGUCAGGACGCCUUUGGACGUGACGUGGUGCGGGGUUACAGCUCUGUUCACAUUCCCAUCACACCUGGACAACACACCAGGACAUUACCCAUGUUUGUGCCAGAGUCUACUUCAAAGCUACAGAAGUUUGUCAGUUGGUUUCUGGGAAGGAGACCAGAGUACGUUGACCCCAAAGUGGUUGCCCAGGGAGAGGGAAGAGAAGUAACAAGAGUGAGGAGUCAGGGAAAGGUGCGAGUGUCCUUCAACGUGGUCACCAAGGACAUGAAGAAGCUAGGCUACGACACGACACCGACAGACGCCGGGGCAUCAACGCAACCCGCGGCUACGGGCAUUAUACCUGGUGCCUCAUAGCACUCUAAUAAUAGCAGUAUUUUCAUUUUAGAGGAUUAUCUUUUAUACUGGCCAAGGGCUUCCUUUUUGUAGAGAUAAUUUUUAUGUUGAAUCUUCAAAAAAUUUCGUGGUGCUUUAUUCUUGCUCAGACCAUUCCAUUGCAAUUUUGUGAGACCGUGAAUAUAAGGUCCCAGUUCCUAUUACUAUAGUGACUGUUAUUGUUUCGACGGCGGAUUCAAAACGCUGCAAAACCUCAAUUUCAGUCCUAUUGCAAAAUAGAAUGAGUCCGCAAAGGAAACUGAAUUUACUGUAUAACAGUAGAAUUGUUGCCUUGUUUGAAUAGACUUUGUCACAUAUAUAAACUGUUUGAGAAACUGAGUUAAGAUUUCGUGUGUUGGGUGUCAUGAACAUGUCCAUAAUUGCCAAAGUAUUGCUGUUAUUAUAUUAUUUUUCUAGGGGCCAUGUAGAUUUUAUUGAUAUAUGGAUGACAUCCUCUAGGAACUCCAAAACUGAUUCAAGCAUGGGAAUCAAACGAGUUGCCUUCACUAUGUAAUCUUUGUGGACAGGAAGGUGGAUAAAAAUGAUAAACCGAAUAGUAGAUUCUUUAUUUUCGUUAUUUCACAUCUUCUUUGACUUAAAAAUUGCCGUGGCUCAACGACAUUGAUAUCCAUUUUCUGAUAUUUUUGUUUGCAAUUUACUGCAUUAAUUUACUCAUUUUUAUGAUUUACAUUGUAUGAUUUACAUUGUAAUCAAAAACUUGUUAUAUGUAUCUAAAACCAGACGACAAAUAUAUGCAAGUGGAUGUCAUUCAUACAUUUAGAUUAACAUGGCCGGAGUAGAAGAAUAUUAAAUUAUAAAUUAUAUUUUCAGCAUACGUUACUUGUUCAUACAUUCCCCCUGUCUGUAUUUGACAUGUGACAUAUCUGCCUUUUGUAAAUAUUCCAUUGUUACAUUGUGUGUUAGAUGACAAAUGAGUUGGAUAAAAGAUUGAACUAGUAUACCCAUUGUUUGAUUUGAUAUGCAUAACAAGAUAGAUAAUCAUUUUCCACUGUGAACUUUGGGAAGUCAUUGCUGGAUAUACAGUGUAUAGGAUUGAAAAAAGAGAACAUUUUUCAAUUUCACAUUUGUUCGCACUGUUCAAUCUCUUUAGCAAAUAUGCAAGUUGUCCUUCCAUCUAUAUAAUAAAAAAUAUUGCCAAGUAUUAUACACAUACAUUUUGGGGCUGAAUG